UUUUUUUUCUCGAAUCUUUCGGGACUUUUCCAGCAACUAAAAACAAAAUGUCUCCUGCCAUCGUUCAAGCCGGUGCUGGCUCUGCCUCUAAGGACGUCAAGAAAGAAUCGGCGACUGCUCGUCUGCUGGGCUCAGGAACCGCCGGUAUUGCCGAAUUGAUGGUUUUCCAUCCCGUUGAUACCAUAGCGAAGCGAUUGAUGAGCAAUCAGACACGCAUCGCAUCCACCGAAGUCUUCAGCCAGGUCGUCUUCAAGGAGUACGCGACUGCUCCUAUCGGACGCAAGUUCACCUCCCUCUUCCCCGGGCUGGGCUACGCUGCUGGAUACAAGGUUCUGCAAAGAAUUUACAAGUAUGGUGGUCAGCCUUUUGUUCGGGACUAUCUCGCCAAGCACCAUGGCUCCGACUUCGAUCGUGCUUUCGGAAAGGGGACUGGCAAGGCCAUCAUGCACGCUACUGCUGGAAGUUUGAUCGGGAUCGGAGAGAUCGUCCUUCUGCCCCUUGAUGUUCUGAAGAUUAAACGUCAGACGAAUCCCGAGGCCUUCCGUGGACGUGGCCUCUUCAAGAUCAUCUCCGACGAGGGUAUGGGACUCUACCGUGGCGCUGGCUGGACUGCAGCUCGUAAUGCCCCUGGAUCUUUCGCGCUCUUCGGUGGUUCCGCUUUCGCAAAGGAGUACAUUUAUAGCCUGAAGGACUACAACAAGGCCACAUGGGGUCAGAACUUUGUGGCGUCCAUCUGUGGUGCUAGUGCGUCUCUAGUCGUGUCUGCUCCUUUGGACGUCAUCAAGACACGUAUCCAGAACCGCAACUUUGAGAAUCCCGAGUCUGGCUUCCGAAUUGUGUCCAACAUGAUGAAGAACGAGGGAUUCACCAGCUUUUUCAAGGGCCUGACUCCUAAGCUACUGAUGACCGGGCCAAAGCUCGUUUUCAGCUUCUGGCUGGCCCAGACCUUGAUCCCUGCAUUCGGACAGGUCGUCUAAAUGUACAGAUGAUUGGAUUAUGCUGAGCCUGUAAUAUUUUUGUUCGUCUUCUUUAAGGGCUAUUCCGGUGUGAUGAUAAGCAUUCAUUCUGUUUUGAUAGAUUUGCUAGGGGUUAUUGGGUAAUCAAAAGGAAAAACUCCACUUAAUUUUCAAGUCUUGAGCGUUACAGACAUCUGAGAGGGUAGUCGUACUUUGAUUUUGUGAUGGAUACUUAUACAUUGGGUAAUCAGUAUGUCUGAUUCACAU